AUGAAUUCCCUAGAGUAGAUUCCUGAAGAGAAAGAAAAUAUGGAGAUCCUUUCUAAAAUUUCAAAAUUAGCUUAUAGCUCUUAAAAAAAUUGUACCUAAGGUAAAGUUUUAUAGGCAACCAAUUUUAACUCUGCUUCAGCUAAAAAAAGCUAGUUAAAUCCCAGUAGUAAAAAUAUAUUAACUCCAGCUCAGAUAAACACUAACACAAAAUUAAUAACAAAAUCCAAAUCUUUGACUUAAGGAUUUAAGUCUGUUAGAGCUAUGCCUUCAGUUGUAAUUCCUGAACCGAUUUCAAUAGAAGAAUUAGAAGAUUAGCUAGAAACAUUGAUUUUACAUCAGAAAUAGUGUCAAAGUGAAAGUAAAUAUGUAGAGGCUGAAAUGGCUAAGCAAAGAGUUAAAGAAUUAAAGAUCUUACUUGAAAAAAGAACAAAAGAAGAUAUAAAAUCGAGGCACUCUAGAGAAAUGAGUGAAAUUCAAAAGGCCUAUUUAGAAGAAAUGGAUUAGUUCAACGGUUUUUGGGACAAAAAAGUUUUUGAUUACGAUGAAAACUCCAAUAAGGUUGAGAAAGAACUUAUUUAAAAACAAGAAAUGGAAAUGGAUAGCUUUAUAAAAGACCUUGAAAAAUCACUUGAUAUUCGCCCUAAGGAUAGCACUGAAUUACUGAAUCUCAGGAAGGUUGAAGCUGAGUUAGCUAAAAAUGAAGAUUAUAUGCAAGCUCACAUAAUUAAGUAGAAGAUUUAUUAAGUAGAAAGAGAAGAAAUAGAAAAAUAUUAAUUUGAGAGGUAAAAAAGAAUGAAAAAUCUUAUUUCUUAAUUGAAAAUCAAGCAUUCAACAGAACUAUAGGCGCUUUAAAAACGCAUUCAAGCAGGAAAAGAAGAACAAGUUAAACUCCGUUCAAUCGAAUUUGAAAGAUUACUACAAAAGUUUAUGAUUGCUAAAAAAGACCUUUAGUAGACAUAAGUUAACGAAACUAACCAAUAUUCUAAGGCUGUCAAGCUGGGAUCUGUUAUCUUGGCUUCAAAGUAAGUUAGCUAAUCCCAGAUUUCAAAUGCUUCGUUCUAAAAGAAUUUAGCUAUUAUUAAAAGGCCUGACAUAUGA